CCCCGGGCGGAGCGGGCGCGCUGACGCAUUACGCGCGGGGUGUGGGUGGGUCAGGCCGCGCGCAUGCGCGGGGGGCGGGUCGUGGUGGUGGUGCUGCGGAGCCGGGGUUGCCGGGGCUGCGGACGCCAUGUCGGGCCGCUCGGUGCGAGCUGAAACCCGCAGCCGCGCCAAAGAUGACAUCAAAAAAGUGAUGGCGGCUAUCGAGCGCGUCCGCAAAUGGGAGAAGAAGUGGGUGACGGUGGGAGACACGUCCCUUCGGAUAUUCAAGUGGGUGCCUGUAGCAGACAGUAAGGAGAAAGAGAAGUCCAAAACAGGUAGCAGUGCUGCUCGAGAACCCAAUGGCUUCCCAGCUGACUCAUCUGCCAACUCCUCCCUCCUCCUGGAGUUCCAGGAUGAGACCAGUAACCAGAGCUCCUUGUCGGAUGUUUACCAGCUCAAGGUUGACAGCAGCCCAAACUCGAGCCCCAGCCCCCAACAGAGCGAGUCAAUGAGUCCUGCACAUACGUCUGACUUCCGCACGGAUGAUUCGCAGCCACCUACACUGGGGCAGGAGACCCUGGAAGAGCCCUGCCUACCUUCCUCAGAAGUUGCAGAUGAGCCUCCCACUCUCACGAAAGAGGAGCCUGUCCCUCUUGAGACUCAGACUUGGGCUGCCCUCUGCCCAGCUUCCGCAACCAUUUCGGUGCUGCAGUUUUGAGCUGUGAGUGCCAAAAUCGAUAGUGCCUGGAAAACUGAAAAUGCGGGGACAGCCUGAAAGAAUCACAGUAAAUAUCCCGGGUCACUGCCCUGAGCCUGUUGUUCUCAUCAGGUGUAGUUCAUUAAAAUGCUCCCUGUGUCAGGUCAUUGGAGCUGCCCUAACCAGAGGCCUGGCCUCAGAAGUGUGAGCAUUUGCCGUGGAGUGCCCUGGGUCUUGAACCCAGGCAUAGCACUGCUGGGAGCAAGCCCGUGCUGUUGGUGCCACUAGUGGCCCAGGCAGGAUGCUAUGGGCCGCUGAGCCUCAUGGUCGGACUGUAGCCUCUGCCCUUCC